AUGGCUUCGACCUCGAGAACCGCUGAGAGCACGAGGGUGCCUGCUGGUACUGCUGCGACAGUGCCAGUAGCCCCAAAAACACCAGCAGCAGAGGCCAGGAUGCCAUCCAUCGACGACAUUUGGAAGCGUGCUCAAAAGCUCCGUGCUUCCCUCAAGAAAGAGAUUGACCAUAUCCAAGCUGAGGGACACGAUGGAAACCUUCUACAACGCUUCGAAAGGCUGGAAGAGCUGCUGGCUAAUUACCGUCUUCGCUGCAUUGAAGUCAUCUGGCUCGACAUUCGAGCGGCCAAUUCGAAAGGCGCCGAGGACACCUUGUGGGCUGCUCACCGGAUGGUGAUUGGCGCCUAUAGGCGAGCACUCGCGCAGUUCUUUUACAAGGGCUAUUUGCAGCGGAUUGAUGCCCGGUAUGAGGUCAAGGAUCUUCGACGCAUUGUGCGCAAGGCUGGCGUUGAGGAGAUGGCCCCGGAAGCGUCCAAGAUCGACCCCGCGGCAGCUCAGAUAGAGGAUAUCGUCAGGUCGUCCUGCCACAAUACGCUCACAUACUUGGGAGAUUUGGCAAGAUACCGUGCGCAGCUGCACCCGAAGUUCCCUAAAUUUGACAACGCUCUAGCCUACUAUGGCCUCGCCAUCGACCUGAUACCCGAAUCUGGAUUCGCGCAUCACCAAUGCGCGGCGAUAUUCACCGAGUUGAAGGAUUACUUGCAAGUCCUCUAUCACCUAUAUCGCUCCCUGGCCUGCGAGAAACCACAUCCCAACGCUAAGAAGAACCUUGAGGUGGUCUUCAACACCAUCCGAGGGCUGGAAGCUACGGAUGCCAAGAAUGCCUUGGUUCACUGGUUUCUUAAACUCCACGCCUCAUACUAUGAGGGCAAGGAGUUUACCAGGCGCAAGGCACUCGAACAGGAGGUGGACAAUCGCAUGUCCAUGGCCCUCAAGGCAGGGACUGGUCUUGACUCCGAUGACACUCUGCUCAAGAUGGUCCUAAUCAACAUAUGCUCCUGUGUUACUGCGCACAAUAGCAAUCUCGCAAACUGGUCCGAAGAAGGCUCCCGAACUUAUGGGUUCAUUCUCCUCUUGAAUGUUCGAAUGAUCCAGGCAAUCGCGCACGUGCUGGGUCUUGAGAUCACCGACCUACUCGAGCGUAAUCGGGAGACCCCUCCCACGAAGGAUGGUACCACAGAUACCCAGAGGCCGGAAACCUUGUUCACGGCUGCAUUCAAGCGGGUUUUGUUGCUCCUCCGGGUGUAUAUGGCUUGGCUUUGCUCGUACGGUGCUGAACUUGUCGAGUUCCAGGCUUACCUGGCUCCGCACUUUGGUACCAUGUGCACCACACUGAGCAACACACUCACGCUUCUCUUCGAGCUUCUUGCAAGCAACCUGGAGCUCGGAAAGCCAGUGUCGUGGAGAUUUCCAGAAGACGAGAUGACCAUGAGCAUCAAGUGCCUGAAUGGGCCACACCUUCGCGAUGGCUGCCAGCUGUAUUACGACGCCUUCACACGCCAGCCGAAACCUCGCCGCGAAGAUGUUCCCAGCGAUAAUGCAACAGACGACGACGUUAUUUUUACCCGCAUUCUCGAUGUCGUGUGCUGCACUCUGGCCCUGUCCGACACGGGGUCAAGGUUCCCUUUCAAUACGUCGACAAUGAUAAAGGACUCGCGCCAGCACACUACCGUCGUGUACCUGGCUGAGGGGAAGCCUGUUCCUGCAGCUACAGCACAAGCACAGAAUGCACUACCUGCCACUGCAGCUGCCGGACCAGUUCCGAUUCCUGCUACUACAGUGCCAGCUGCUGUGCCUGUCUCUCUGGUACCAACUUCCCUGACAGCAUCCGCGCCCCCGGUUCAGCAUCCGAUCCCCUCCAAUGUUGCGACACCUGCGGCAACACAGCCAGUCGCUCCCAAUACAGCCCGGCUAACUCCCGCGCGGCUAGCAGUGCCUCCAAGUCCCGCCAGGUCUUCCAAGUCUAAUGAGCUUUCGGAGGACGCGGAGUUUUACGGACCUAAUCUAAGAACUUCCUCAACUCCUGUUGGGAACCCUGCUGCCGCUGUUGCAGCCCAGUACGCUCAACUGUCGCAGGCUGUGGCCUCGGCUAAGACGCCUAAGCCAGCCCCUGUCGUAUCGGAAUACCCUAUCGAGAACCAGCUCUUUCAAAUCCUCAACGAUUUUUUGGCUCCUCCUGAGACCGCUCGCAAGUCUCAGCCGCAGACACCGAGCCAUGUGUCUGCACAGACAAACCCAUACACGUAUGCUUCCGUGACCACGGCAGAAGAGCCACCAAAAAGCCCACCGCCAGGCACUUCUGGGGCCAAGCCGUUUCCAACACUCCCUUGGAACUUUAUUAUAAACCCGGAACCUGUUGGAUCGGUUAUGCCUGGCUUUUCGCGACCGGCCAGCUCAGCUCAUUCUCUUUCGCAUGCGACACAUGUGCGAAACGGCAGUCGGGGGUCUCCAGGCGACCUAUCGUCAUCUUCCCCUCAGUUCGGCACUGCAGUACCAAGCAACGGCCGCAGCAGUCAAUCUCUCCAAACAUAUGCAAACAUCUACGGUAGUCGGUCGACUUGGAUAUCCUACCAGCCUAACCAGCAUCAACUCUUGGCGUCCAAUGACCUGGCAGCAAUUCCCAGUGCUGCUCCCCGCCAAAAUCCUUGGGAUGCUGCGGCCAUCUCCUUCCGCACAGACACAAGCCAGCAAGGAGGAACCCAUUACGCUGUGGCUUCUUCCUCAGACCGUGCCGUACCACCGAGCUCGUCCUUCUCUAAUCUCGACUUAUCUAGCAGCUCAUCCAGCCUCCCUCCGGUUAACAGCUCUUGGGGCCUGCCAACAGCUCAGCAACAGCAGCGGAAUGCUUCGCAAGGCAUGACUGGGGCCGAGUCGUUGGCUACGCAGUACGCUCUGCGCUCCCGCCCAUCCGAGGAGCAGUACCGGUGGGAACAUAGUUUGGGUAUCGGGGCUGAUGGAGGACUGGACUCAAAGGAAGAGGUUGCAAAGAAGGCCCCAGAUCAUGACUUUCAGGAAGCCGCGUAA